AUUAUAAUUUUUAAUCAUAAAAAAGAUUACAUCCGAUUCACCACAACCCAGACAACCCGACCCAAAACACAAUUAGAGAUUACAAUUCAACCCAGAUGGGCCAAAGCCGCCAGAUCCAUUUCCUCCUACCGGAAGUCCCAAAACUUCAAAUCUCCGGAUUCAUAGUAGCAGUAGCGAAGACACAGAGAGGCAUCCAUGAACCUCCUCACCAGAAACAGACCCACGGCGAGACCAUGGCCCACCAGAAAACAGCCUUCAUACAGGUCCCCACUCAUCUACCUCACUCUCCUCUUUUCCCUUCUCUUCUUCUUCUCCUACAUCUUUUCUCUCACUCCCAACUCUCUCCUCUCUAACAAGACCUCAAUUUCCGAUUCCCCAAAAUGCCCCUCCCUUGGAGGAGAAAAGUUCCUCUGGUACGCUCCCCACAGUGGCUUCAGCAACCAGCUUUCCGAGUUCAAGAACGCCGUUUUGAUGGCCGCCAUUUUGAACCGGACCUUGGUUGCCCCUCCGGUUCUCGAUCACCAUGCUGUUGCUCUCGGUAGUUGCCCCAAGUUUCGGGUUUUGAGUGCCAAUGAGAUCCGAAUUUCGGUCUGGGAUCAUAUCGUUGAGCUCAUUCGGAGUGGGAGGUAUGUUUCCAUGGCUGACAUUGUUGAUAUAUCAUCAUUAGUUUCUUCUUCUUUAGUUCGAGUCAUAGAUUUCAGGGUUUUUAUAUCCUUAUGGUGCAAUGUGAACGUAGAUUUUGCUUGCUACAAUGAGUUGGAUAAGCAUGCCUCUUUGCUUGAAAGACUUAAGCAAUGUGGAUCUCUACUAUCUGGGCUCAAUGGUGAUGUAAAGUGUUUAUAUGCUGUUAAUGAAGACUGCAGAACUACUGUUUGGACAUACCAAAGUGGUAAUGAGGAUGGGGCAUUGGAUUCUUUCCAACCUGAUGAACAACUCAAGAAGAAAAAGAAAAUUUCAUAUGUUAGGAAACGCCGAGAUGUAUAUAAUACUCUUGGACCGGGUUCUGAAGCUGAAUCAGCUACUGUACUGGCAUUUGGGAGCCUUUUCACUCUUCCUUACAAAGGUUCGGAGCUAUACAUUGAUAUUCAUGAUGCUCCAAGAGAUCAAGGGAUAAAAACUCUGAUUGAGAAGAUUGAGUUUCUUCCAUUUGCCCCUGAAAUUCUGAGCGCAGGGAAGAAGUUUGCUUAUGGUACCAUAAAGGCUCCUUUUCUUUGUGCACAGCUCAGAUUGCUAGAUGGGCAGUUCAAGAACCAUUGGAAGGCUACUUUUCUGAAGUUCAAACAAACAGUGGAUGCUUUGAUGCAAGGCCCUCUUCCUAUUCAUAUUUUCGUGAUGACCGAUCUUCCUAAAAAUAAUUGGACAGGAAGUUACUUGGGGGAAUUGGUUAGAGAUUCACGUCAGUUUAAACUGUUUUUCCUGAAAGAAAGAGAUGAGUUGAUAAUACAAACUGCUAAAAGAAUCGUGGAUGCAGGUCAUGGCUUGAAGUUUGGGACUGUUCCAAAGAAACAUGAUGGCACCGGUCAGAUUGAGAAGGAUUGUCCUCCAGGACUACCUGAUGUUCUUCUAUACAUAGAGCAAACUGUUUGCAGUUGUGCUUCCCUUGGAUUUGUUGGGACAGCAGGGUCAACUAUUGCAGACAUUAUAGAGUCGAUGAGGAAGUUUGGUGCAUGUUCUAGCUAGUUUUCUGAUUACAUGGUCAAAUGCCUAAUGACAUAAGAAAUUCUAAUUCACUGAAGCUGUACAAAUUAUGAUUCAGAAGCAUGCCUGAGCUAUGCAAGCUUGAAGUUGUGAGCCUGCUUCAUGGCUCGUAACUUAAUGGCACCAGCGGGUGUAGGCAGCAGAGGAAGUGCUUCGUGAAGAACGGAGUUGAAUUCGAAAAAGGUUGCAGUCUUAUGAAGAAAUGCAUAUCUCAUGCUCUAACAAGAAAAGGUGUGGUUUGGUUUCUCAUCAAAAUUCUUAUAUUGCCACUGAUUAUAGACACUGUUUAGUGUACAAUUUUUCUGGAACAUCAUUGUAAAUUAAUUCCAAAGUGCCAAUUUCUCACCUCGUCUG